AUGACAUUGAAGGUUACUGUGAGCUGGAGGAAUCACUUGUCCUAUAAAAGGUCCUCAAAACUCUCUCUCGCCAUCACAGUGUUCUCGGCCCUCCUGUACGGUACUCCUGCAACCAUGCAUUUCGUGUCACUGAUGAUGGUACUCGCCACUUUGGCUGGAGUUUGCUAUGGGGGACUAAUUGGUGGUCUUGGUGGCCAUGGUGGUGUUGGUGGCCUUGGUGGUGGCUUAGGCGGAUACGGUGGUGGCUUAGGUGGAUAUGGUGGCGGCGCGGGUGCUCUUGGUGGCUACGGCGGCUAUGGGGGAGGAUUUGGCAGUGGAUUUGGAGGCCAGGGAGGACACACAUUCGUGCUGAGCAAGAGCCACGGAAGCUUUGGUGGAUUCGGCCAUGGUGGUAAAAUUGGACAUGCCGGACUUGGCGGACUUGCUGGAUUUGGUAAAGGUGGAUUCAAUAAAUUUGGCAAUGCAGGCGCUGGCUUGGGCGGACUCGGAGGAGGACUGGGCAAGCAUGGUGGAUUUGGCCUUGGGAAGUAAGGCAUUUGGAGUCGUCUGUUCCUGAGUCACCAGGACCAGCAGUGUUCCUCAGUCCUCGUCACCAGGACCAGCAAUGUCCCUCAGUCCUCGUCACCAGGACCAGCAGUGUUCCUCAGUCCUCGUCACCAGGACCAGCAGUGUUCCUCAGUCCUCGUCACCAGGACCAGCAGUGUUCCUCAGUCCUCGUCACCAGGACCAGCAGUGUUCCUCAGUCCUCGUCACCAGGACCAGCAGUGUUCCUCAGUCCUCUCUGCUUUAUCACCCAAGUUACUCACUUCUACUGAAAUAAAUAAAACAAAUAUUUUCUUA